AUGUGUUAAGAUAAUUUUUUGUGCAAGGCCAUAUAAAAAGGAUAAAGUUUCACAAUAGAAAGCUAGACAUGAAAGUGACUCCCUCGCCCAUCUCUCCCCAUCUGCAUUUUGAAAUUAAAAAACAGUUAUCCACCUCCCCCCCACCUCUCUCUCUUCCACCAUUAACAAAUGCUAAAAAACAGCCAUCUAAAAUUCCAUUUUCUCUCUGCACAAACAUCAUGGCCUAGCUGUUCUUGGAUCCGGAGAUUCUGGGUCUUUCAAUUUUUCCUUUGCACAUUAUAUUAGUACGCCUUAAAAAACUCAUAGCCCACAAGACAUGAUUUGGUUUCUCACACCCAUUGUUCCUCCUCCCUAGGCUCAAACCUCUCCUCGUAUUCCUCCUCCAUUGGAGUUUGUACCAAUAGCUCUUUAGCUCUAAUGCCUGUAAUUCCAUGGACCCUUUUUUCCUUGCUCACAAUCCUUUCCCUUUCACUUCCCUACUACCCUUUUGUAGCUUUGGCUGUUAACCUACAAGGCCAAGCUCUUCUUUCAUGGAAGCACAGCUUGAGUGGAUCGCCUGAGGCCUUGAGCAAUUGGGACCCAAAUGAUGCAACUCCGUGUGGGUGGUUUGGCAUCACUUGCAACUUCAACAAGGAACUUGUGGGAUUGGAGUUGAGGUACUUGGAUUUGUUGGGUGAACUUCCUUCAAACUUCAGUUCCUUGUUGUCCUUGAACAAGAUUGUUCUCACCGGAACAAACCUCACCGGUUUGAUACCGAAAGAGAUUGGCAUCCUUGAGGGAUUGAGCUACUUGGACUUGAGUGACAAUGCCUUGACAGGUGAAAUCCCAAGUGAGAUUUGUAACUUGGUCAAGCUCCAAGAAAUCCACCUCAAUUCCAACCGGCUAGAGGGAUCGAUUCCGGCCCGAAUUGGCAGCCUCAGGAGCUUGGUACAACUAUUUCUCUAUGACAACCAGCUCGGAGGUGGAAUUCCCAGUACCAUAGGCAACCUGAAGCAGCUUCAAGUAAUCAGAGCUGGCGGGAAUAAGAACCUUCAAGGCCCUCUACCCCAAGAAAUCGGGAACUGCACUGAUUUGGUAAUGUUGGGCCUGGCCGAAACAAGCAUAUCGGGGUUCCUCCCAUCAAGUCUCGGCCUCCUCAAGAAGCUCGAAACGAUCGCAAUCUACACUGCCCUUCUCUCCGGCCAAAUUCCCCCUGAACUCGGCGACUGCACCUCUCUCCAGAACAUCUACUUAUACGAGAAUUCCCUCACCGGCUCAAUCCCGAACAAGCUCGGAAGCCUAGUAAAUCUCCAAAACCUUCUGCUUUGGCAGAACAGCUUGGUUGGCACUAUUCCAUCGGAGCUGGGUAAUUGCGAACAGUUGUCGGUUAUCGAUAUCUCGAUGAACUCGUUGACCGGAAGCAUUCCGAAGACUUUCGGAAAUUUAUCAUCGUUGCAGGAACUCCAACUAAGCGAGAACCAAAUAUCGGGAGAAAUCCCAGCUGAGCUCGGAAACUGUACGGAACUCACACAUAUCGAGCUCGACAACAAUCAGAUAACUGGUACGAUUCCGUCCGAAUUCGGGAACCUUCGGAAUCUGACAAUGCUUUUCUUGUGGAAAAACAAGCUGGAGGGAGCUAUACCGUCUUCGAUUUCCAACUGUCAGAAUCUCCAGGCCGUGGAUUUGUCUCAAAACAGCUUGACGGGGAACAUUCCGAAUGGGAUCUUCGAGCUCAAGAACCUGAUCAAGCUUUUGCUUCUCUCGAAUAAUUUAUCAGGCGAAAUUCCUUCCGAGAUCGGCGACUGCUCAUCGCUGAUUCGGUUCCGAGCGAACAAGAACAAGCUGACUGGGGCUGUCCCGCCGCAGAUAGGGAACUUGCUAAAUCUCAAUUUUUUGGAUCUCGGGUCGAAUCGGCUCUCUGGAAACAUACCCCAGGAGAUCUCCAGCUGCCAGAAUCUUACGUAUCUUGACCUGCAUUCCAAUUCGAUCGCUGGGAAUCUGCCGAAUAGCUUGAGCCAGCUUUUGUCGUUGCAGUUCAUUGAUUUCUCAGACAACUCGAUUGAAGGGACGCUGAGCCCGAGUCUUGGAUCGCUCAGUUCGCUCACCAAACUCGUUCUCGGGCAGAAUCGGCUCUCCGGAACGAUCCCGACUCAACUUGGUUCGCUUGCGAAGUUACAGUUACUGGACCUGAGUGGAAACGAACUGUCAGGGAAUAUCCCGGCUAGUUUGGGCAAGAUCCCGGCGCUAGAGAUUGCCAUGAAUUUGAGCUGGAACCAACUCUCCGGUGAGAUUCCAGCUGAGUUCGCAGACUUGGACAAGCUGGGGAUCUUAGAUCUCUCUCACAACCGGCUGUCUGGUGACCUCCGCUAUCUUGCGGAUCUUCAGAAUCUGGUGGUCCUCAAUAUAUCGGACAACAACUUCUCGGGACACGUGCCGGACACCUCUUUCUUCGCGAAGCUACCGUUGAGCGUCCUCUCCGGAAAUCCCAAGCUGUGCUUCUCAGCCAACCAGUGCGCCGCCGUCGACAAGAGCCGCGAUUCCACCCGAAGACGCGCAGAGGCGGCGCGUGUGGCAAUGAUCGUGCUACUGUGUGCCGCAUGCGUGCUGCUCCUGGCAGCGCUUUACAUCAUCCUCGUGGGAGCAGCGAAGAGACGCGGGGACACAGGAUUUGGUGCGGCCCACGAGUGCGACCUCGAAGGCGACGGCGACGUGGAGAUGGGCCUGCCAUGGGAGGUGACACCGUACCAGAAACUAGACCUGUCGAUUGUUGACGUGGCCAAAUCCCUGACACCUGGCAACAUAAUCGGCCGCGGACGAUCCGGUGUCGUUUACAAGGUAACUAUCCUAUCGGGUUUAACCAUCGCCGUCAAAAGGUUCCGAACAUCCGAAAAGUUCUCGGCGUCGGCAUUUUCGUCGGAGAUUGCCACUUUGGCAAGAAUCCGACACCGAAACAUAGUCCGAUUAUUGGGAUGGGGUGCCAACAGCAAAACCAAGUUGCUUUUCUACGAUUAUCUACCCAACGGUAACUUAGGUGCACUGUUACACGAGGAGAGCGCAGCGGCAGGAUUAAUGGUGGUGGAAUGGGAGACUCGACUCAAGAUAGGAUUAGGGGUUGCAGAAGGGCUGGCCUAUUUGCACCACGAUUGCGUGCCGGCAAUCUUGCACCGGGACGUGAAGGCGCACAACAUUUUGCUGGGGGAUCGGUACGAGGCUUGUUUAGCAGAUUUCGGACUGGCAAGAUUGGUGGAAGACGAUGCCAAUUCCUUCUCGGCUAACCCGCAAUUCGCCGGCUCCUACGGCUACAUGGCUCCUGAAUAUGGUUGCAUGCUGAAAAUCACUGAAAAGAGUGAUGUGUAUAGUUUUGGAGUGGUUCUCUUAGAGAUCAUAACUGGGAAGAAACCAGUAGAUCCAUCAUUUGCUGAGGGAGAGCAUGUUAUUCAAUGGGUUAGAGGUCAUCUAAAGAGCAAGAAGGACCCAGUUGAGAUCCUAGAUCCCAAGCUUCAAGGCCAUCCAGACACACAAAUACAAGAGAUGCUGCAAACGUUAGGAAUAUCCUUGCUUUGUACAAGCAAUCGUGCUGAAGACCGCCCCACAAUGAAAGAUGUGGCAGCUUUAUUAAGAGAGAUUCAACACGAGCCCACCGUGGGAGCCGAGGCCAUCAAGCCAAAUAGCAACUCAUUGACAAAGACUGAAACAACAUCGUUUUCAUCAUCGACCUCAGUCACACCGGCUCAAUUGUCGCUCCUCCGAGGGUCCUCUCAUUGUUCAUUCGCCUACUCAUCUUCCUCAGCUGGUUAUUUAUCGAGAAAUCAGUAACAUAUAUAACACCCAUGUAGUAAGAGAAAUUUUAUUCUAAUCCGCCAUAUAUUGAUUUGUAGGAGUAGGACGAUGUAAUAUUGCAUGUGGGAAUUAAUUGUAAAGAUGAUCAGCUA